UAGAAAAGAUGGUCUCUCCUCCUUGUGUUUCUUCUUCUAUUGGGGAUAUGAAGUUGGUAAUCUUGCUACUAACAUGUUCUCUAAUGGUGGCAUCUGGUGCGAAUUUCUACCGAGAUUUCGAGAUCACAUGGGGUGACAACCGCGCACAGAUAUUGAAUAAUGCAAAGCUUCUUACGCUAACUCUCGACAAGGACUCCGGCUCCGGCUUCAAAUCCAAAAAUGAAUUUCUCUUUGGAAAGAUUGACAUGCAAAUCAAGCUUGUCCCUGGAAACUCUGCUGGCACCGUCACUGCCUACUAUCUUAAAUCUGAAGGGACCACCUGGGACGAGAUCGACUUCGAAUUCCUUGGCAAUCUUAGCGGUGAUCCUUACACUAUCCACACCAAUGUAUUCACCCAAGGAAAGGGAAACCGAGAGCAGCAAUUCCACCUUUGGUUCGACCCUACCAAAGACUUCCACACCUAUUCCAUCCUUUGGAAUCCUCAACACAUUAUUUUCUACGUAGAUGACAUUCCAAUCAGAAUUUUCAAGAAUUUCGAGUCCAAGGGCGUACCAUUUCCUAACAAACAGCCCAUGAAGAUUUAUUCCAGCUUGUGGAACGCCGACAACUGGGCCACAAGAGGUGGGCUCAUCAAAAUCGAUUGGUCGAAUGCGCCCUUCACUGCCGCCUAUAGAAACUUCAUGGCCAGAGCUUGUGUAAUAUGGUCUGGUGUAUCGUCUUGUGCUUCACAAUCUCUUUCUUUGCCUUCCAUGUCCUGGAUGGCUCAAGAACUAAAUUCAACUAACCUAGAGAAGUUGUCAUGGGUGCAACAGAACUUCAUGAUCUACAACUACUGCGCCGAUCCGUACCGCUUUCCGGACGGUCUCGCACCUGAAUGUGGAUUUGCUUGA